AUGCCAUCUGUGAUUUCCCAAAUAUCACCCGAUUUGGUUUUUGUAGUCUUUGUGACAACAGAAUCAGAUCUAGGUCAAUGCCCUUUCACUUUGGAUGACUUGUUCUUCCCUGUUGCCCAUGGGGGGAAGAAGUUCCUUGAUUGGGAGAGACAAAACCUUAAGGGUAUGGGUGAGGCUAUUGCCCAUGGGGCCAAGAGACUGCAUACCAGAGAGGACAAUAUUUUGAUUUAUUCCAAGAGUCAAGAAGAGCAUGAAGAACACUUAAGGAUUGUCUUACAAAUUCUAAAAGAAAGGAAGUUGUAUGCUAAACUAAAGAAGUGUAAAUUCUGGUUGAAUCAAGUAGUGUUCUUAGGCCAUGUGAUAUCUAAGGAUGGAAUUGUGGUGGAUCCUAAUAAGAUAGAAGCAGUGGUUAAUUGGGAUAGUCCUACAAAUGUGAGUGAGGAAAUCAUUCUUGAUCUUGAAAGGAUGGAGAUCGAGGUUGUUAUGGGUCAAUCUGAGGCCUACUUGCCUAGUUUGAGUGUUCAACCAACUUUGGUAGAAAGAUUUAAAUUGUCACAGGCUGAUGACUCACAUUUAAAGAAAAUCAUGGAUGAGGUGCGUUGUGGAAUGAAAUUUGAAUUUUCCAUCUCUGAGGAUGGUGUUUUGAGACUUGGGAGUAGACUUUGUGUGCCAAAUGAUCCAUUGAUUAAAAAGGAGACUCUAGAUGAGGUUCACUAUUCCCCAUAUGCAAUACAUUCAGGUAGUACAAAGAUGCACCAUGCUCUUCGUGAAAACUUUUGGUGGAAUAAUAUGAAAAGAGAGAUUGCUCACAUUGUAGAGCAAUGUUUGACUUGUUAG